GAGCCUCAGCUACCUCUCUCAUUUUUAGCUUUUCCUAACUUUGCUGUUUACAAGAAGUUACCAUCCUUCUUUAUCCCCUCCUCCCUUUGCUAGCUUUUUCUUUCCUCAUCCUCUCCCUCUCUCUCUGAACCCUGCUUUAUUCCCUCUUGAACUCAUCACUAAAAGAAGAUGAUCCUCCCUCGAUCCUCCUUGUGUUCACAAACAACAGCCUCUUCCUCUCUCUCUUUCUAAUCCACUCGAAAACUCAAAACCUAGAAAGCAAGAGUCCAGGCACCCGACCUCUUUUGCUGUUGUUUGUUCCUACAUAUCCCUGUUCCUAUUGUCGCAUGAACGUUAACGACAAGACAAGGCUCGUUGAGUAGAGAGAUCAGUUUUCUUGCUGUACGUGAAAAGAUAAAACAAUUAAUAAUCAUGGCAUCUCCAUCAGAACUCAGCCUGGAUUGCAAGCCCCACAGCUAUUCUAUGCUAUUGAAAUCGUAUGGACACCAGAACGACGAGACCGAUAAGCUUGAAGAGUUUCUCUCUCGCCUUGAGGAAGAAAGGCUAAAGAUCGAUGCUUUCAAACGCGAGCUGCCCCUUUGCAUGCAACUUCUGACCAGUGCUGUGGAGACUUCAAGGCAGAAACUACAAGCAUAUAGAGGAAAUCAAGUGCCCAUACCAGUUCUUGAAGAAUUCAUUCCUCUCAAAACCUCAACAUCUGAAACCCCAGAGAAGACCUCAAACAUCUCUGAUAAGGCUAACUGGAUGACAACAGCACAACUUUGGAGCCAAGAAAGCAAUGAAACCAAACCUCAGACCACAUUGACAUCCCCAAUACUAACCGAUAUUGGAUUCAAUGUUAGUUCAAAGCUGAUCUUAGACACGAAACAAAGAAAUGGAGGAGCUUUCCUUCCAUUCUCAAAAGAGAGAAAUUUGUGCCCAAGCCCAACCUUAGCUCUUGCAGCUUGUACUGAUGAACAUUUGGAAUUGGAUCAUAAGAGAUUUUCAGAGACUGAGAAUGGAUUCUCUUGUCCAAAGAGAGAAAGUUCUGGUAAAAAGAUGGUCGUGAUUGAGCAAGGAAAAGGAGCUGGUAAUAGUUCAUCAUCUGAUGGCCAAGCAACAAACACUGCAACUAUUGCUUCUGCUUCUACAAAUACUUCCACAUCUCAGACUCAUAGAAAAGCAAGGAGGUGUUGGUCACCAGACUUACACCGCAGAUUUGUCAACGCUCUGCAUAUGCUUGGCGGUUCUCAAGUGGCCACCCCAAAACAAAUCAGGGAACUCAUGAAGGUUGACGGUUUGACCAAUGACGAAGUAAAAAGCCAUCUACAGAAAUAUAGACUUCAUACAAGGCGACCCAGUCCAAGCCCACACGCAGCAGGAGCCCCAGCUCCACAUCUUGUGGUCUUGGGUAGCAUAUGGGUCCCUCCUGAGUACGCCACGGCAGCAGCUGCAGCUCAUAGUGGGGGGGCAGCCCUCUAUGGUGCCCACCCAGCUUCUCACGCUCCGCCACCUCAUUUCUGUGCUACACCACCUGCGUCUCAAGAUUUCUACACUGCAGCUGCGGCACCUCCACCAUCACUUCACCACCACACCCUCCACCACCAACUCCAAUUGUUUAGGCCCACUUCACAGGUGCAUAGCUCCCCUGAGUCGGAUUUUAGAGGUAGUAGGGACAGAUCUGAGAGCAUUGAAGAUGGCAAGUCAGAGAGUAGCAGCUGGAAAGGCGAGAGUGGUGAGAAUGAUGGAGGAGAGAGAAAAGGGCGGGCUGGUCUCAGAGAAGAAGGUGAAGAGAGCCAUGGAAGUAAGUUUUAGACCUCUGAUCUGAUCUGUAAGGUUAGUGUUAGGGUAGGGUUAGUGUUUUAGCUUUAUCUGCACAUGAUCUCUAACUUGUUAUAUGCAUGUUAGAAGGACGUAGUUUGUUAUAUGUUGCAUUGAUCAAUUCUAUUGGAUCUAUAUUUUGUCAAA